CUACUACCCGCAGAUCCUCACCGACAAGGAGGCGGAAAAGUUCCGGAACCCCAAAGCCUCGCUGCGCCUGCGGCUCUGUGACCUCCUGGGCCACCUGCAACGGAGCAGUGAGCGGGACUGCCGGGAGUUCUACCGCGCCCUGUCCAUCCACGCCCAGCCCCUGCACAGCCGCCUACCCAGCCGCCUUGCCCUGCAGGACUCGGAUUGCAUAGAGGUAGCCUCGUGCGGCCAGCGCCCAGAGCCCAGGGACAGGGGACCCAUGAGCUUCCUGGCGGGCCUCGGCCUGGCCACAGGGCUGGCCCUCCUGCUCUACUGUUGCCCUCCAGACUCCAGGGGGCCGCCGGGGGCCCGGCGCGUCCUCGGGUUCUCCCCGAUCAUCAUCGACAGGCACGUCAGCCGCUACCUGUUGGCCUUCUUGGCGGACGACCUCAGGGGCCUCUGACAGGCCCAGGCCCCAGCCUCACCCUCCUCAACCAAAGAGCACCCGGCCAGCCCGCCGCGGGCCAGGACCCUUUCUCUGAGCGCUCGGUGUCUGCCCGCCCUGGUUUCUGUGGGGGCGCCCGUCGCCCUGCGGGGUGCUUAGCCGGAUUAAACGUCCGCCCGGUGUCUCAGCA